AUGAACAGCACACCAGAUGAAAAGCCGCAGCGGGCAACCGCUGCGCAAAUGGCGCAGAGAAGGAUCAAGGACGUUCGGAGGCGAGGUCGUCCCAACACAGCUGCCCCCAGUGCCACGGCAUCUUUCGGUGGUCCUUUCAAUUCUCUUGAUCCUAAUACUGUUUCUACACCGUCUGCCCCCCAGCCAAUUUCAAAUGGGUUUACAUUUGGUCAUCAACCGACCCAAAACGGAUCGACACCAUUUUCUUUCGGUUCCGGUGGAAGUAACUCAUCCUCAUUCAAUUUCUCUUCGUCGUUUGGUGGAUCGGGGUCGACGGCAAGCAAUCCUUUUGCUAGCAUGACUACUGGCUCCACCAACCAAUCGUCCGAUGGAGGCAGUUUCUCUGCUGGUAGGCUCUUUGGAACAGGAUCGCAACAGAACAACACUACCGGAGGCCUAUUCGGCAGCACCCCGGCCACCACAGGCAGUAUCUUUGGACAGAACAGUGCUUCCAGCAGUGCUCCGUCGGCAAAUAUCUUCAGCCAGUCGGCCUCAAAUAAGCCCUCCCCAUUCGGACAGUCAGCCGCCUUUGGCGAGUCUAUGCAGACAUCUCCUGACGCGAAGAACAACGGUGCGCAGUCGAAGCCGCCUAUUUUUGGCGGUGGUGCUUCCCAGUCGGGUUUCGGAACGUCCACCACUUUCGCCAGCCCUGGGGCUGGCUCCUUGUUCGGUGGCUCUACAUCGAAGCCUGCUGAGACACCCAAGCCACUUUUUGGUGCCAAGCCCACGGAGCAGUCAACUCCAUCGACCUCGCUCUUUGGCGCGACUACUCAACCCAGUUCUACUCCUGCUCCCGCUUCAUCUACCUCCGCAGCCUCCAGCACGACCGCCGCUCCAUCACCGUCUAUCUUCGGGGAUCCAUCGUCUGCUAAACCCGCCACAUCAUUCCAGAAUCCCUUCCAGUCCACAAACCUUUUUGGCACUCCCGCUUCAUCAACCGCAGCACCUGCUUUGGAGGAUAAAGAAAAGCAAGAGAAGAAACCUGAGGAGGCUCAACCUAAGACUGGUUUCCAAUUUACGGCCCCUCCCGGUGGCCCGUCUUUGUUCUCAAAGAGUGCAAGUUCUGCAGCUCCAUCGGCUCCGUCAAGCGGUCUAUUCCAGCCUCCAUCUACAGAGCAGAACACUUCCAGAAACCCAUUUAGCAGCCUCUUCGCGCCAAAACCAGCUACCUCGGCCAAGCCAGCUGUAGAGCAGAAGACCUCCACGGAGCAGAAGCCCCUGCCCUCUUCGGCUAACGCUUUUGGUAACCUUUUCGCUCCAAAGCCUUCUACACCUAGCGAGGGAUCGAAGAUUAGUCAGCCACAGAAGCCGGCCGCUCCUGCACCGCUUUUCUCGGCUCCCACAUCAGGACCUGAUACUACUAAAUCUUCUGGUCUUUUCGCGCAGUCGCCAUUGUUCUCGGCUCCUACUGUAGGAAAUAAGACCCAGGCUCCAGCUGUGAACCCCCCGGCCCCUUCUCAAAGCCCACUCAAAGUUAAUGGCACAAGCACGGCCUCAUCGGCCUCAUCGGCUUCUGCUGUUGAAAAGAGUUCGACAACAAGCUUUGAAGACAUCCGACCAUCUGGACUCCCUGCUGAUCUUGAUAAGGCAAGCAAGGAAGAAGUGGAGAUGUUGUAUCGCAUGCGCAUGUUGAAUGAAUGUUUCAAACGCGAAGUAAAUCGAUUGGAUCCUACUAGAGACGACUUUGAUGCUCUCGUGCAGUUCUACAUGCGUGUUCGUGACACAAUUGGAGCGCCAGCUGGUCCCCAGAAGCGUAAAGCUGGAGAUGAAAAUGCAUCUGCUGAUGACCAUUCCGUUAAAAAGGUCAAGCCCUUCGGCCUGAAUGCUCCCUCUAACAAAGAAGAGUCUUCGCCCUCCCCAGCCACAACUGUGAAUGCCUCAGCGACUACCAGCAUCUUCGGAGCAAGCCAAGCGGCCCCGACCACCAGCAAGAGAAAGGUGACCGAUGAGGAUGAGAACACUGCUUCCCCAGGAAAGCGUGUCAACGGAGACUCCACGACGGCGAGCAUCUUCGCACAGUCCUUCUCAAAAUCCAUAAAUUCCGAGUCAAGCGAUGAGCCGGCUAAGCCUAACUCUACUCAAUCCGUCACUUCUUCCGCCAGGCCAUCUACCCCGGACUCAGAUAAACCUGCUUUGUUCUCCACUACGCCUAUCUCUUCCCCCCCAAAGCCUCUUUUCGCAGCCUCGACCACGACAAAGGAAAGCUCCACGUCAACGUCACUGUUCUCGCAAUCGGCCCCUUCCUUUAACCCAACAUUUACUGCCUCUACUAACAGCACCUCUACUACCUCGAAUCCGUUCGUCCUAAAGCCGCCAGGGGAUAAGGAGGCUGGUUCUGCAUCCGCCCCUAUUCCUGGAAUGCCAAAAUUCGACGCCGGAGCAACAAACUUCUUUGCCCAGUUCAAGGCACAGGUAGAUAAGGAUGCUGAAAAAGAGAAGGAAAAGCGCAAGGCGGAGGAUUUCGAUUCCGAGGAAGAAGACGAGGCUGAAUGGGAGAAACGAGACGCCGAAGAACGCCGGAAAAAGCGAGAGGCACUUGAGUCUCAAGCUACGAAACGCUCGAAAUUUGUUCCUGGAAAAGGAUUUGUUUUCGAAGACGACGAGGAGACAAGUGAUUCAGAUAAGGAGGGAAAGGCAUCUGCUUCGGGUACUAGCGCCUCGGUCUUUGACAAGAAGACCGACUCAUCAGCCACGCCCAACAACAUCUUUGGUCAUUUAUCAGCAACACCGUCUGAGGCCGAGGAGAACGACGAUGCCGAUGACACUGAGGAAGCGUCUGCCGCCGGUGAUGAGCCAGAGGAUAUGUCCAAGGAUACAUCCCUUGCGCCCGCAAGCGAAGACGAAAGCAACGAAGAUGCGGAGUCCAAAGCGGGUGCUGGCAGUGGCGCUGAGAACUCUGCUAAUGACAGCAGUGACGACGGUGAUCUGACCAAGGCUCUGAAAAAGUCGAAGCAAGAGAAGACGGCUACAAGCGAGCAAUCCGCCAGUGAUACAGGCGCGAGUGGUCGUAGUUUGUUUGACCGUGUUGAGUACAAGCAAGAUGGCAAGCCGAAGCGUCAGGACGAUGAGGAACAAAAGCCCCUUUCUACGUUUUUCAACUCCUCUAAAUAUGCGUCCUCUUUCAAUUCACCGGGAACGCCAAACCCAUUUGCCCCGACUCCCUCUAAGUCUGAUGCCGAGAAAGAUGAUACUUCCACCUCGAAGCCCGCAACGCCGAACCCCUUUGCUGGCCUGUUUGGUUCUCCCUCGCCCACCCCUGCUGCAGGCACCCCCCCAUCUAUAUUCGCCCCAAGCGCCACGAAGGCCGGCACGGAUAAUACCUGGAAGAUGAACUCUCCCAUCAAGUUUGCCAGUGACACAAAUGCGGCUUCUGCUUCGAAACUUAAUUCCGCGACGCCGCCUGCUGAUUCCUCCAAGCCAUUCUCCACACUAUUCGGAGCGGCACCUGCUACCAAGGCUGCAUCUUCUGGUACUGGAUCGCCAUCGCCUGGCUUCACGUUCGGUGGACCUGCGCAAGCGCCAUCAUUCCUGGCUCCGUCGAUAGUCAGCUCUGCUGCUGCCAGCCGCGCGUCCACUCCUGGAGUUACAUCCGACACGGGAGCCGAGGAGUCGGGGGAUGGUGAUGCGGCCGAGGCUCUGCCUCAGGUUAACCUUGCGCAAAGUCGAGCCGGCGAGGAGAAUGAAGAUAUUGUGAUCGAGACUAGAGCACGUGGCUUGAAGUUCACCAAAGGUGCAUGGGACAGUCAAGGAGUCGGGUUCCUCCGUGUGUUGAAGGAUCGCACUACCUCUCGCGGCCGUGUUAUCCUUAGAGCUGACCCGAGCGGCAAGAUUGUCCUGAACGCAUCCUUGAUGAAGCAAAUCGAUUACACUGUCAAUGGCAACAAAAGUGUGCACUUCCUUGUACCUCAGGCCGAUGGUCCUCCGGAACAAUGGGCAAUCCGGGUUAAGGACACGGAAGCGGCGGAACGCCUGGGGACUGCAAUGCAAGAAACCAAAACUUAG